UCCAGUGGAGCUAGGCUAACAUCGCUCGGCUAACCGGAUCCCGUGACAGCGGCUGACUUAUCGCGCAGCCUGCUCGGCGUCAACACUGACAUGGAGGUCGUGGAGUAGCAGGCUCGUCGGGUCGGACCGUGAACAGCUGACGGGCAGCGCUGCGUCGGUAGGUCGGCAGCCCACACCGCAUUGGAGGGCAAGAGCAUGAUAGCUAGCGGGCGUUAGCUUUAGCACAACAAGAGCUCUGCCCUGGGAGUCAGCUGACCAGACCAGUGAUGGAUCAACUGGAAGUGAAGGACCGCAUACUGGAGAACAUCUCGCUGUCUGUGAAGAAGUUGCAGAGUUACUUUGCGGCCUGUGAAGAUGAAACUCCAGCGAUCCGGAAUCACGACCGAGUGCUUCAGCGCCUCUGUGAACACCUUGACCAUGCUCUGCUGUAUGGCCUGCAGGACAUCUCCUCAGGUUACUGGGUCCUGGUCCUUCACUUCACCAGGAGGGAGGCUGUCCGUCAGAUAGAUGAGCUUCAGCACAUAGCAACCAACCUUGGUCGAAGCCGAGCAUGGUUAUACCUGGCAUUGAGUGAGAGCUCUUUAGAGAGCUAUCUACGGCUCUUCCAGGAAAACCAAGGAUUACUGCAGAAGUAUUAUUUCAAGAACGCACUGGUCUGCAGUCAUGACCACCUCACGCUCUUCCUCACGCUGGUGUCCGGCCUGGAGUUCAUUCGCUUUGAUCUGGAGCUGGACGUGCCCUAUCUGGACGUGGCGCCCUACAUGCCAGAAUACUACAAACCCCAUAACCUGCUGGACUUUGAGGAAAGGCUGCCCAGCUCAGACAGCUUGUCCCUGCACUCCUUCACCUCCCUCACCUCCACCAACCUGGAGUGGGAUGACAGUGCCAUCGCCCCCUCCAGUGAAGAUUAUGAUUUCGGUGACAUCUUCCCCGUGUUGCAGUCAUUGCCAAGUGCAGACUGGGAAGAGGGUGACCUGACUGACCAGGCGAGCUGCCCACGCUCCAGUGGCUCUGAUCCCCAGACGGUCAUCAGCGACACAGUGGUCUAUUCUACUGGCACCGUCAAGAUGAAGGCGGCAGCUCAUCUUGCUCCGCACAGCCCAACGUACAGACACAACCCCUUCAACGAGGACUCGGACACUAACACCCCCAUCACCUCAGCCGACGUCACGCCGGUUCACCUGGCCAGCUGCUACAACACCUUCGCCACUGGAGAUGACACGGAGAGCACCGGCAACGAGCUGGAGGUCAUCAGGAUGGCCAGACGAAGGAAGCCAGCCAAGAAGCGACGAGGGAGGGGCUCCACAGAUUCCAUCAGCAGCAUCCAUAACUCUGUCUCCUCCGAGCACAUGGAAAUGGACAACAGCCUCUUGUCUUCGGAGGAUGUGGAUUCAUUAAACGGCACUUUAAUUCAGCAGGAUGCAGAGGCAGAGCUGAGGAGAAGCCGGGUGGGAUCAGAGGUAGUGGAGGAAGGAGACGAGGACGGAGUGGAAGGCCUCCUACGGCUCCCAGAGAUGACGGACACCUCUAUGGACACCGUGGGCCAACCGCUCCGCGAUGUCAUGGACCGGCUCAACGGGGCUCUGGAUCGGGGGGAGGCCUGGGAGCAACGAGGUGAGAGAGGUGAGAAAAGCAGCAAAGACUGUGACCGGGGCCCCGAGCCCCCUACCCAGCAGCCCUUUCGAGAGGAGUCAGAGGGCGAGCCACCCGACCCGGCCCGAGGAGAGACGUCUCUCUUCCUACACACCCCUCCUGAGCCUACAGACUUAUGCUGCUUUACCUCCAACAGUCCAGACUCUACUCCCACGGGUGGUGGCCGCUAUGACUCUACAGAGCAUAGCCAGUCACAAACUUUUUCAGGUGGCCAUGAAGAUGAAGGAGAGGCAAAAGCGUCAGCAGGACAGGGACCCGAGAUGAGGAGCGUGGAGGAAGACGCAGAGGAAGGAGAGGACACCGGCAAUAAUGCAUUGACUGAAGAAGCAGAGAGUUCUCAUCCUGCAGAGUUCAAAGUGGACAACAAUCACUUGCUUCUUCUCAUGAUUCAUGUAUUCAGAGAGAACGAGGAGCAGCUCUUCAAGAUGAUGAGGAUGAGCACAGGCCACAUGGAGGGGGACCUGCAGCCUCUUUACCUGCUGCUGACUGACUGUUACAUCUACCUGCUUAGGAAGGGUGCAGCAGAGAAGCCCUACACAGUGGAAGAGGCUGUUUCCUAUAAUGAGCUGGACUAUCUUUCAGUGGGACUUGACCAACAGACAGUGACGGUGGUUUGCACCAACAGACGAAGAAAAUUCCUGUUGGACACAGCUGAUGCCUCCCUGACUCUGUGGUUCUUGUCUGUUCUCAAGUCAGCCAUGGUGAAGGGUUGUCGUGAGCCUCCUUACCCCUCUGUGCUGACUGAUGCUACCAUGGAAAGACUGGCUCUCACAAAGUUUGUCUCCCAGGAGUCUAACUGUGAGGUAUAUGAAGUGUCUAUCCAACUGUAUUCACUGGUCCACUGGGAGGAUCCUAUGGACAUGACUCUGUCACCCCAGGAUGGCCCACCAAUAUCUGGACGACCUUCCAGCACCAAGGAGGGGACUCUGCAGUACCGGGCUGGAUCCACCUACCUGGGCAAAGAGCUCUGGAAAAGCUGCUACCUCGUCCUCAGCAAGGGGGUUCUGUACCUGUAUGCAGAAAGAACUGAUGUGACACCUCUGCUGUCCGUCACUAUGGGAGGAGAGCACUGUGGCGGUUGCCGUCGCUCAAACAGCACAGAGCGUCCCCACGCCUUCCAAGUCAUCCUGACUGAGCGGCCGGCACUGCAGCUCAGCGCCAACAAUGAGCAGGACAUGGCCGAAUGGAUGCUGCUGCUCUGCCAGUCCGUCUCCAAAGGGGUCAUCCCUCAGGGUUUGGCCCCAACUCCAUGUAUCCCAUGUUGCCUGGUGAUGACAGACAGGAAGCUGCUCACCUGCCAUCAGGACUGUCAGACCAGCUUCUUCCGUUCGCUUGGCAGCGCCGAUAUCUGUGAUGUCACUUCCGUGAGCCUCGAGGCCAACAAAGAGUACUGUGUCAUUGAGUUUGCGUCAGAUCGGACGCAGUUCCUUCCUCCGUGGGUGUUGUACUUCAGCGGCUGUGAAGAGAGAGAUCGACUGCUGGAGGCGUUAGACAACACAUGGAAGGCUGUUUUCCAGGUCAAUCUUCCUCACAGAGAAGUGUUGGAUCCGUCGGUGCAGAAGCGUUGCAGUGAGGCCCUCGCUCUGAUGAACAGCGCCUGGCAGAGGGCAGACAGUCUGGCCCGAGGCAGAGCCCAGCGUGAACCCUGGUGCUGACAGAAACACACACACAUGCACGCUAACGCUCACCUGUGGGUAGCCCCUGAGACAGAAUGAUAGUUAAACAGUCCGAUAUAGUUCCAGGGUAUACGGAGAGUUAACUCUGGCAUUCAGUCUGUGUCACUGUAAACUGAGCUGAAAAUCGGACGCGGUUAUUGGUUGAUGCACUACAGCGCAAGCAUGUGAUGCACCUCUGAGUCACUGAUGGACUAUUUCUAUCAGAGACACAUCCUGCAGAAGUAGCAAUGCAUAAAACACAUCACAUGGCGGUGAUGCAGCAGCAAUUCAUCCGACUUGAAGUGAAAUGACCUAAUGUUAAAAAAAAAAAUACAAAA